AGCUCGAGCCCGCCCGGUGUGCACUCGCCCACGGGGGAAGCCUGCGGGCCGGCGCGCGCUCGCCCCAGGGGUCUUUGGGGCACGUCACCUUUGUCUGGUAGCAGACGCUUCGCUGACCGAGGCGGCCAUGACGUCGGCCGUGGCGAGCGCCGUGGGCGCCCACCUCACGGCCGAAGGCGCCGCGCUGGGCGCGGGGGCCGUCGCGAAGGGCGCCUACGCGUACAACCGUGCGAACUACAUGAUGGACGCGGGCCUGCGCUUCGGUCGGUACACAUCCGGAUACAGUUUCGCCAUCGCGCAGGC